CCCGCCGCCACCGCCGCGCGCCUGACGUCACCGCGGGGGCGGGGCCCCGGGGGAGGGAGGGAGCGCGCGUCACGUGAGUGCGGGGCGGCGGGACGGACCACGCGGCGGGGACCCUUUCCUUGUCGCCAGAGUGUCCCUAGGUGUGUCACCUACUCCGCGCACCGCAGCCGUCCCCCCCGCUGCGGGCCGCGAUGGCGGCGAGCCGGGCUCUGAGUGCCCUGCUGCUCCGGCCGCCGCUCGCUGCCCGCAGCAACUCCAACCGCGCCGCCAUCGGGCACCUGCAGCGGCAGCGCUACGGGCGCCUCUACCCGACGCUGCUCGUCAGCACCGACGGCUCCACCGUCCGCCUGCGCUACGGAGAGCCCAAGAGGAUCCUCAUGAUGCCCCUGGACAGCAACACGCUGCCCGAAGCCGAGCGCAAGGCUCGCCUGCGCCGCCACUUCCCCAGCAAGCCUAAGGCCAAGGAGGAGGAGACCUUUCAGGGCAUCGACCUGGACACCUACAAGAAGUUCUGGAAGAAGUGAAGCGCUGAAACCAGAAAUAUUUAAAUUUAUAAAUAAACGUAUAAAUAAAAAUAUACGAGUACA